ACAACAGAGAAGCAUCCAAGGGUUGUUAUGAUGGAAACGCACACACCAAACAAUAUUAUUUGAUCAAGUCCAUACCAUCGUGUUCAAAUUGGCGUUCGAACGCUCAACCGUCGACCGGAUUCGUGUCUCUAUGACAACAAAACACAAACACACAUUGUGCGGAUCAACGUCGGAGCAUCUGGCGUAGUUUUCGAGUCGGUUUUCUUCUCGUUUUCCAUCUCAGAUUGGGGAUUGUUGCGGAUUAUGCGAUUCAAGAUAUCCGUGGCGUCCGUCCCGUCGCACGUUGCACCCGUAACUUGCGUAGGAUGGAGCAACACCGAGGAGGUUUAUUCGGUCGGUGAUGACAACCAGGUGUUGUCCUGGUCGGUGUCCACGAACCAGGCGACUAAGGUGGCACAACUGGACAAAGAAGUUUUUGCCACGGAUAUGCAGUUUUUGCCCAGGGUUUCUGGAACUCUGGGCAAACAUGGUGACUUGAUUUUGAUCACUUGUGCUGACGGUAGAUUUCAUAUUAUGAACAGGGCGGGGAGAAUUGAAAGGACUGUUGAAGCCCACAAGGGUGCUAUUACAGUUGGACAAUGGGGUAAUGAUGGUACUGGACUUUUAACAGCUGGAGAGGAUGGAUUCAUCAAGAUCUGGUCGAGGAGCGGGAUGCUGCGAUCGACCGUCGUCUCCGGCGACAGUUCAGUGUACGGGGCGUGCUGGUCCCCCGACAGCCAGACCAUCGCCUACACGCAAGGGAAAUGUGUGGUCGUCAAACAGCUGGCGCCCAACACCAAACCUCUUCGGUGGAAGGCUCACGAGGGGUUGGUGCUGUGUCUGGCUUGGAGCGCGGCAGCUGAUUUACUCGUAUCGGGAGGAGAAGAUUGUAAAUAUAGGGUAUGGGACAGUGCAGGGCGGCAAAUGUUCUCCAGCGGGCCCCACGAUAAUCACAUUGUCUGCAUUUCUUGGGCUCCCGCCGGAGAUCUUUUCGCCGUAGGUUCAUACAACACCCUCAGAUUGUGCGACUACUCUGGAUGGUCCAGGUCACUGGAUAAGCCAAACACAGGUUGCAUUUACAAAAUGGCUUGGUCUGGUGAUGGUACUCAACUAGCUGCAGCCUGUGCCAACGGGCAUGUACUCUUUGCCCACGUAGUAGAAAGGAAUGUGCACUAUAUGAACUUCACAGCAUCAUUGAGUGAAAGGAAGGUCGUGACUGUUAAGAAUGUUGUAGACGACAGUACUGAAUAUUUGGAGUUACCCGAGAGAGUCAUUCAAAUGACCAUGAAAUACAAUCAUUUGGUAGUAACCACCCCUACACAGUGUUACAUUUAUAACACCUCGAAUUGGAACACACCUGCAAUCUUUGAUCUCAAAGAUGGAUCUGUUAUUUUAAUGAUGUUAUGUGAAAAGUUUCUAUUAUUGGUUGAAAAAAACUCCUGUGGUAUUUAUAACUUUCAAGGAAGACUUGUGGCUUCACCGAGAUGGCCAAAUAUGAGACUGGAACUGUUACGAAACUCCCAUGUGUCACUUUCACCAGACACUUUGGUGGUGCGAGACAUUGGAGACAAUAAAGUCGUUCACAUCCUAGACUUGGCCAGUAGAACAUCCAGUGAGUCAAACACAAGCAUCCAACACUCAAUGCCAAUUCUCCAGUUACAAUUAGACCAAUGGGGACCUAUAACAACCAGGAAUUUAGCUCUGCUAGACAAAUCAAGAGACCUCUACAUCAUUCCAGUGCGAACCAACACGAAAGCUUUUUCAAAAUUGGGCAGAAAAAUCGAGUCGUACCAGUGGAACAGCGAAGAGAACAUAAUUGCGGCUAUUCAAGAUGCCCAACUGGUUGUCUGGUAUUGUCCCACAGCUUCGUUUAAUCAGAAACUGCUGAAACUGUGCUCGAUGCAUUACGAGUCUCCGGAGCUGGGAAGGAGCCCCAGAAUUAAUGAUUUCGUUGGUAACACGGUCUCCAUCCGGCGAGCGGAUGGGUCCUUAAUCAACGUGCCCAUUUCGCCAUUUCCUAGUCUGUUACACAAGUACACUCAAGACAAUAGGUGGAAUGAUGCGCUUAAUUUGUGCAGAACUACGAACGAUACAUCUUUAUGGGCUUGUUUGGCUGUUUUGUCUACUCAAACUAAUGCUGAUGUUAUGGAUAUUGCGGAAGAAGCGUAUUCGAAUAUUAACUUUUUCGACAAAGUAUUUUACAUACAGUACAUUAAAACGUUACCAUCAAAAGCUCAACAAAGAGCGAGUAUGGCUCAAUUAGGUGGACAGUUUCAAGAAGCGGAAUCAAUUUAUUUGCAUAAUGGGAUGGUGUUUUUAGCAAUUUACAGCAACAUUCAAUUGCAUAAUUGGACUAAGGCUUUAGAUUUGGCUAUUAAGCACAAAACGCACAUAGAUACAGUAUUGUACUUAAGGAAGAGAUAUCUGGAUACUUUGGGAAAGGCUGAAAAUAAUAACAAAUUUAUAUCCCUAACUGAUUCAGUUCAAAUAGAUGAAGAAAAGGUGCAACAGAAGAUACAAAUGGAAUUACAGAAGAGGAAACUAAGUACCUAAUUUAUAAAUAAAUAAAUGUUAUUUUUC